AUGGACUGGGCUCCUAGGCAAAUUAAACCUUCCAUUGAAAUUGUGGACCUUAGAAAGGAUCGAAUGGACUUCAUCCUUCUGAACUCCGACGUCAGCACAGCUAACGCCAUCAGAAGGAUCAUCUUGUCCGAAAUACCUUCAUUGGCAAUAGAAAUUGUCACGGUCCUGGAAAAUACUAGUGUUUUGCACGACGAAUACAUAUCGCAUAGAUUAGGACUGCUCCCUAUUGACAGUACCCUGGCAAGUGAAUUUGAGUUCAGGGAUAAGUGCCAGUGUACGGACAAAUGUGCCAGAUGCACUGUGGAUUAUACUUUGGACGUUUCUUGCAAUGAUUCUGACUCCAGGGUGGUCACGCACUUCGACAUUGUCCCCGACGAGAGCCAGAGUCAGUCAAUAUAUGGCAAGAACCUUCCGAUGCCCAUACCGAGGGCCGACGCGACCAACUUUAACGGCGGAACUGACGGAAUCCCAAUUGUGAAGCUGAAACGUGGCCACUCCAUCAACAUGAAGUUGACCGCCACCAAGGGGCUUGGAAAGUUCCACGCCAAGUGGAUCGUCGGCAACGUAAACUACAAGAUGGAGCCCAGAUUCUCAUUCAAUUCCUCCAUAAUGGAGCAGCUGACGUCUGAGGAGAAGGCCGGCAUCGCCGCCAGCUGCCCUAGGGGUGUGUUCAAAUACACAGGUGUAAGGUCGGAUAUGGAGCCAGGUUUGGGCUCAUCUGACAAGAGUUUUAAGUUAAACGUCGGCGGACUGCAGGUCGCCAAUAAACUCAACUGUAUAUACUGCGACGAGUGCAUAAACUACUGUAGAGAGCUCGGCCACAAGGAUCUAAUUCGCAUACAGCCGGACGAGUCGAAAUUUCACUUCACUAUUGAAUCUACUGGAUCGAUACCGCCGGAAAAAAUACUGGACAUUGCUCUUCUCUGUUUGGAGAAGAAGCUACAGGAUUUGCAUUCCAAUUUUGCCGAGGCUCAGUCGAGGGCCCUGGGCACUGCCAGUACUUCACAACACAAGGAAGGCGGCAGAGCUCCACAUCCUUCCUCAGCCUACAUUGAUUUAGAUUAA